AUGGAAGGCCAGAAUAAUCACGGUCUUGUUUCGGUCGAUUUGGCCUACGACGAUGAACUUCUUCACUCCUCAGGGUGGUCAGCCCCGGGUGACCCACAGUAUUCCUAUCCUCGCCACGCGCAGAAUCAGUAUGCUGGAUAUACCGAUCAGCUGCACUUGCCCCAACCAACCUAUGAACACUUCAGCGUCAACCAGCAAGCUACAUAUUCAGGCCUUCCAUACGAUAAUCAAUCGUUUGGAACUCAGUUUCGUAGACAGCCAGACAAUUUUGUGCCGACAUAUCCAGUCAAUCCAUCCCUUCAGAACUCCCAGGCCUACCAGGCUCAGCAUCGGUCUUACUUUACGCCCCAAACCAACGAAAACGCUACUAUUUCCCCUCAGACGCUACAGUAUAACAAUGGAGGUCAAUCUCAUGGAAGUAUUAGCGCUGAUCCGAAUAUGGGUUUCAAAAGGACUACAAACUGUACAACAGAUAAUUAUACACAAAGAUCACAAGAUCCAAACAUGUACUACAACAAUUUAAGAAAUGCACAGCUUUCUCAAAAUAAUGCUACUCAUUUCUCUAACGUUAGUAAACCACUAGCACACGAAGAAAACUGUCAGAUCAAGGAUAUUGAUAGGAGUACUCCAUCUAUUUCAACUUUAGACGUUCAACAUUCUCAGCCGACUAUGAGCGAAGAGCCACCGAGCCAAUUACGUAUUACCAGGCCAGAUUUGCAACAAUCAACUAAUAUGUCGUCAAGACCUCGAUUCGAUUACGCUCCAUAUGUAGUUUGGGAAGAUACACCCUUUAAGAUAACGGUUGGCCUGAAAAACACACUUCCAAAAUAUUAUCCUCGUAGGACAAAAAGCGGAAGAGAACUAGUUCCUGGGUUUGAUUUAUCUAAAUCACUUAACCCCGCUCAAGUUUCCGUCAAAAAGCGGGGAAGUGGACGUCUUUCGAGAGAACUAACGGCUUCAACAAAUAGAAUUAGGGGUACCAGUCUGAAACCGAAAAUAUUAACCAGCAAAUCAAACAUCUUACGCGAAGAUUCCAACUCCAAGGCCCUGAAUAAUCAACCAGAUUCGGGCUCUUCUGAAAGCGAAAGCAGUUCAGAAUCAGAGUCAGAAUAUGACGAGGAAAUUCGGACUGCUGAUGUUAGCGAGAUUCGCGGUAAAAGUCGCCCAAUAGAUGUUGCGCAAGCUGCUCGAUGGGACACAAUCGGUCUUAUCUGGAAAGAUCCAAAUUCUAAUCCAAACGCUAGUGCUAUCAAGGAUGCUAUCGAAAAAUAUGCUAAUUUUUUAAUUGCGUUACGGCUUAAGAUAAAAGCUAAUUCCACACACCUCGAAAAUUCAACGCGCCCGAGUGAUAUAUCUAGGAUUCAAUCGGAACGCCAAAUAUUGCUGGAAUCUCUUUUCCAGGCAAUUUCAGCUGCCGUCGAACAUGGCUACGACCCAAUAGUAGAAAAUUUAGGUGGUCAUCAUAAACUUGUCAAUGGUUUAACUACAACCUUAAUUGAGUGCAUAAAAUCUGAUGACUUUAACGGAAAACUGCCCAAGGCUGUAUUUUCAUUGCUAUCUAAGUUUAAGACUUUGACGGAUGAUUUAUUGAAAAAGCUAAAGUUUGAAAGCAUUCAGAAGCGUUGGACAAAGAAAGGUGAUGAAGAGACAAAGAAAACGAUAGCCUUCAUACUUUCCAAUACCGUAGACGCUCGAGCAAACAAGGCGAAAAAACUUCUUGAAUUAAAAAAACUACGCAAUAAAGUUGAACCAGCUAAAGCACGAUCAAUAGAGACAUCAAACAGUGCCACAUCUAGUCCAGUGAAACGUCCUCAUGAAGUUGAUGCAGCAUCUACAAAGCCUAACAAGAAAGUGGUAUCUGAUAUGGCCAAUUCGGCAGCUAUCGCAAAGUCUCUCAUACCAAAACGUGGUACGAGUAAUCUUCUAGGUAUUUCAACCAAACCAGUCAAGCCAUUACCACCUAAAAGACGUGAUCCUUCACCCCCAAGUGAAUCCAAGCUAGGAGCACUGCUAGCUAGCAUCGCUAAGGAUCCAGAGCCACCGAGGGCCCCGGAAUUACCGAUGAGAGCACCUGAGACCCCACAAGAAAAAGCUCGUCGUGAGAGAAAAGAAAGCAGGCGACAUCUUCGAGUCAAAUUUAAGGAAGGUUCAGAGCUUGAAGAGAUUAGGCAGUUCACUCAUGAGCAAGCCGAAGAUGAAGGGCGUCGAGAUGAAAUGCUAAGAGACGCGCAUGACUAUCGUCUCGAAGGAAUAAUGCAUAGAAAACGUGUCACUGAGGCGAUUGAUGAUGAUGACGACUACCAGCCGAUUGAUGCUGAACCUCUUUACCCUGAGCCCCGUCCUAUCAAUUUUGAUUACUUAGAAAAGAUCACACGCUUCGGAAAAACCUACUGUACCCGUGGCGGAGACUUGGACGUAAAAACAGAUGAAGCUAAAAAACAAGAGAGGAGAGAAGGAUUAGAAUUGAUGGUUGUGUACACAGAUCCAGAAGAUAUUCCAUUUUCGCCAAAAGAACCGAUGUCACUCAGCAGUAUCGAAUAUCCUCAACCAGAAUCACAAAUCAAAGAGCCAACAGAGCCUUGGCUAGUCAAGCGCCUCCAAGAGAUCGAAAGAUGUGGGCUAGAACAGACUUCAAAAAUGCUCUUUUCUUCAAAUACAUACAAGCAAAAUAACUCUCCGGAAAUCUCCUCUGUUCUCCAAAAAUUAGGCGAAACGAGUGCGCAGCCGAUGACUCGAGCUUCAGAGCCUCCUAUUGAUCCAUCAGCAUAUUCAAAUUUGGUCUUCUUCGUCAAAUAUCUCAGUGGCAAACCAUUCCCAGCUACCGAACCCCCUGAAUGGAUGUCGCCAGAAUCCAAGGUUGGCUGGAUAGAAGGAUAUAAUAGAGACCUAGCUAUCAAGAAUAAAUCUACGGGGCAAGACAUUAAUUUAAACUUACAGGCUCAAAAACUGACCAACGGUCUAUCCAUGGUGAACCCAUCUUACCAGCAUGGCUUCCAGGUCUCAUCAACACCAUUUCCAGCUAUGAUUUCUCAAUCAGCCUACCCUAUAUCGCUCCCAGAUGUCACACAACAGAUGCAAAAUUACCUAGCUAAUUAUCAGGCUAGAGACAAAUAUCCCGCCCCUUCCCAAGCUAUAGACUAUAAUGCUUGGAAUUCUCAAAUUGCUAAUUUCCAGAAUGAUCAACCAUCAACAUCACGGCAAGGCUAUCCCCAACGCUGGGAGGUAGCUCGUGAACUAGAGGGUAGCAGAAGUAACCAACAAGAGAAGACAAAUUCCAAAAAGAAAGAACAUGACAACAAAGCUGGUCACGGCCCACCGUUUGAAGAAAAGGUUGAACACAAGAGCAAAAAGAAACGGCGCAGAUUUUGGUCUGACGGAAAGCGUAACAAAGGACGCAAGGGCAAUUCUCUUCAUUCAUGA